AAAAAAGUAAAAGAAAAGCCUCUAGAAACUUCAUCCUAUGUGUCCAAACAUAAAGUGCAAACAGAUCUCUUUCAAUGUCAUUGGCUAGCUGAUGUAAACGUCGAAAAUACAUUAAACAAUUUUCUUUAAUUUCCCUAUUUUAAUUCAAUUCAACUUUUAUUACACAGGAAAAAAAAAAAACAAAAAAAAAAAAAACAAAAAAUACAGUUUCCUCAGCCAAAAACCUCCGUGAAAUCUCUCUUCGACGAAAUUCAAUUUCUGAGUUUAAUAAUCAAUACUGUACAAGAUGAGGGUAGUUAGAUUGAGCCUUAUUCUGUCUGUAAUAGUCGUAAUAUCGGCUGCGAUGGCAUGGGCAAGUGAUGGCCGGGUUAACAAGUCAGCUUUGGGGUUGUUUUGGUCGACUGGUAAAGAAGAAGGAGAAUUGUUAAAGAAUCCGCAACCUGCAGAACCUGAGGCAUUGGAUGACAAUGAUGAGCUUGAUGGUGGUUUCUCUUCUCUUGAUGGGAUGUUACAGUGGGCAAUAGGACAUUCUGAUCCAGCAAAGUUAAAGGAAGGUGCAAAAUCUGUGCAGCGCCUGUCUGAUGAUGACCUGAAGAGGCGCCAAAUAGAAAUUAAGGAAUUAAUGGAAAAGUUAAAAAUGCCUUCAGAUGCAGAGCUGAUGAAAAUUGCAAUAGAUGACUUGAAUAAUUCCUCUCUCUCUUUGGAAGACCGCCUUCGUGCUCUGGAAGAGCUGUUGACACUUGUUGAGCCUAUUGACAAUGCCAAUGAUUUGAACAAACUUGGGGGUCUUGCCGCUGUUAUAAGACAGCUUGACAAUGCUGAGCCAGAUGUAAGGAAACUUGCUGCUUGGGUUCUUGGAAAAGCAUGUCAGAACAAUCCAGUUGUUCAGAAGCAGGUUUUGGAUUUUGGUAUACUGGCGAAGCUCUUGGAGAUGGUGAAAUCUGAUGCUGUGGAAGAGGCCAACAAAGCAUUGUAUGCAGUUUCUGCCUUAGUCAGAAACAAUUUAAAUGGCCAGGAGUAUUUUUACGCGGAAGCUGGAGACUUGACGCUUAAGGAUAUACUGAGCAAUUCUACCUUUGACAUCAGACUACGCCGAAAAUGCGUCUUUCUUAUUGGUGAUUUGGCAGAGUCCCAAUUACAGAAUGCUGAUCAGGCAGAGCUUCCCUUUUUCAGAGAUCAUGUUUUUCUGAAGGCGAUAGUUAAUUUAACAUCGUCAAAUGACCUUGAUCUCCAGGAAAAGGCACUUGCUGCAAUUAAGAGUCUUCUACAACUUAGAACGAUUGACGCUUCUGCUUUGAAGGACUUCUGCGCUUUGGACAAGGCAUUGGAAAGAAUGAGGCUGCAACUGCAGCAGUUAAUGGAGGAGGAAGAUCAAAGCGACUAUGCAAAGGAUGUGGAAAUUCUUCGUCGAGAGGUGGAACUGAUUUUUUACAAGAAGCUCAAUAAAGGAAUUCAAGUUCCUACAUAACACAACUUAGCAUGAGCCGUUGCCACUCUUUGAAACAUAAACUGUUAGUUGUAGAUGCUUGCUUGAUCAGCGAUCCUUGGAAAAUGUCGAGGAAUCAAAGAAAAGCUAUUCAAAUCUGCAAUCUAGGGGUUUUAUAGCGAUCACAAUGGAAUGGUUCUUGACACUAUUCAGAUAGGGUUUUGUUUAGUUAUUCUAGUACUGUAUUAGACAUCUAAGUAAUGUAUUAUAUGUGUAAUACACUACUCAUACGCGGAUGACAAAUCAGUUGCGAACUGUACAAGAACAAAUAUUUUCCCAAGCUCCUUGCUUUGUACUUUUAGUCUUUCACUCUGGGAGUCCAAAGGAUUUCACAGUUAGCUGUGUAGCCUGUGUUAGUGUGUACUGUAUAUAUCAUUAGUUUCAUGAAUAUACGACCGUUUUUCGUUGUUUCUA